AUGAUUUCUAGCGCAAAACCAAAGAUCACAGUCGAAUCCCAAAACUUUAACACCUCCGUCGUCAAGAAGCUCAACCUCAUCCUCUUGUUAACCAUCGCGACAUCGGCAUUCGCAGUGUUCGGCUAUUUAGUCCACACCAUCAACCAAUUGGACGACGGCAACUCCCUCAAGGUGCUCGACCUAUCGACGGACAUGGGUGAACAGACCAUCGCAGACGGCGGCUCGUACGAGUGGAAGUUCAGCGAGGACCCGAGCCAUGACACUCAGUUGCUGUGCGACGGGAACAUGCCGGGGGCUGACGUGCUCCACUUCGCGGCGUACGUCCAGCGAAGGGACUCAUGCUUCGAGGACUGCGAUUGGAAGUUUACUAGCAACGGGGUUUUCCGGUUGGUCGUUGGGCAGUGGGAGUUUUACUUCUCCAUCUCGGCCAUAAGUUCAUAG